CGUACGUGUGUACUGAUAAUAAAUUAUAUAAAAGCCGAUCCACUAGGGCGGGGAGCGCUUUCCAGUUUUAGAAGCAUCGGGAAAACAGUAGUUAUUGUUGUGUUCCUUACGCUCGUCGUGUAUGCAUCGCUUCGAGCGGUAGAAGAUAAAUCGACACUGCUGAAUGAAUUGAAACCGCAGAAUAAACCGACACUGGAGAAUAAAUCGACACUGCUGAAUGAAUUGAAACCGCAGAAUAAACCGACACUGGAGAAUAAAUCGACACAGCUGGAUAAAGCGCUUCGAACGGUAGAUGAUAAAUCGACACUGCUGAAUGAUUUGAAACCGCAGAAUAAACCGACACUGGAGAAUAAAUCGACACAGCUGGAUAAAGCGCUUCGAGCGGUAGAAGAUGAAUCGACACUGCAGAAUAAACCGACACAGCUGGAUAAAGUGGGUAAUCAAUCAGUUAACAACGAAAAUGCACCGAAGCUGCCUCAACCUCAAAUCUUUCGAUAUCUCAACUGCUCUGACUUGCAUAAAUAUUCAUUGGCGGAAGAUACCAUUCAACUAAGUAAUCUCAUCAUUGAGGCCGCGGACAACCCUUGCAUCAUAAAAGCGUCGGUAAUUAUUUUGAAAAACAAUCAUUUUCCCAGUUAUAAUUAUGCUUAUAACAUAACUGGAAAGAAAAUAGUAAUGGUUAAUAAUGAAUUCCGAGGACCACAACAAAAUCAUUACAUAGUUGGAGAUAAUGUACUUCUAGUUAAUAAUACAUAUCAAGGCCACUUGCAAGUUCAUGAAGUAGCGGGAUAUGAAGUCACUGCAUUCAACAAUGUUUAUGAUGGUAUAUGUAAAAUCAAUCAAUAUUCAGGAACUAGUAUACUGGUGUUCGAUAACGAAUCUAGAGGAGAUCUGUAUGAUGUCUUACUUCGGGAAUAAUCCGUGAACUCAUUUUAAUAUCGUGCUAUUUUUUUUUAGCGCUUUGAACGGUAGAAUAUAAAUCGGCACUGCUGAAUGAAUUGAAACCGCAGAAUAAACCUACACUGGGGAAUAAAUCGACACAGCUGGAUAAAGCGCUUUGAACGGUAGAAGAUAAAUCGACACUGCUGAAUGAAUUGAAACCGCAGAAUAAACCUACACUGGGGAAUAAAUCGACACAGCUGGAUAAAGGUAAAUUACUUUUUUUUUUAAAGUAGUUAUAGUGAAAUAAAAUACUAAUGCUUUUAAGUCUUUCGCGCCAUUGUCUACCAAGAAAAGAAAGGAACUGCGCAUAUGUUGUAAGCGAACCUUACUUAUAUAGAUAUAAAUAUACAAACGAUUCGAUAUCUCAACUGCUCUGACUUGCAUAAAUAUUCAUUGGCGGAAGAUACCAUUCAACUAAGUAAUCUCAUCAUUGAGGCCGCGGACAACCCUUGCAUCAUAAAAGCGUCGGCAAUUAUUUUGAAAAACAAUCAUUUUCCCAGUUAUAAUUAUGCUUAUAACAUAACUGGAAAGAAAAUAGUAAUGAUUAAUAAUGAAUUGCGAGGACCACAACAAAAUCAUUACAUAGUUGGAGAUAAUGCACUUCUAGUUAAUAAUACAUAUCAAGGCCACUUGCAAGUUCAUGAAGUAGCGGGAAUGAAGUCACUGCAUUCAACAAUGUACAUGAUAGUAUAUGUAGAGUCAAUCAAUAUUCAGGAACUAGUAUACUGGUGUUCGAUAACGAAUCUAGAGGAAAUCUGUAUGAUGUCUUACUUCGGGAAAAAUCCGUGAACUCAUUUUAAUAUCGUGCUAUUUUUUUUAGCGCUUUGAACGGUAGAAGAUAAAUCGACACUGCUGAAUGAAUUGAAACCGCAGAAUAAACCUACACUGGGGAAUAAAUCGACACAGCUGGAUAAAGCGCUUUGAACGGUAGAAGAUAAAUCGACACUGCUGAAUGAAUUGAAACCGCAGAAUAAACCUACACUGGAGAAUAAAUCGACACAGCUGGAUAAAGCGCUUUGAACGGUAGAAGAUAAAUCGACACUGCUGAAUGAAUUGAAACCGCAGAAUAAACCUACACUGGGGAAUAAAUCGACACAGCUGGAUAAAGCGCUUUGAACGGUAGAAGAUAAAUCGACACUGCUGAAUGAAUUGAAACCGCAGAAUAAACCUACACUGGGGAAUAAAUCGACACAGCUGGAUAAAGCGCUUUGAACGGUAGAAGAUAAAUCGACACUGCUGAAUGAAUUGAAACCGCAGAAUAAACCUACACUGGGGAAUAAAUCGACACAGCUGGAUAAAGCGCUUUGAACGGUAGAAGAUAAAUCGACACUGCUGAAUGAAUUGAAACCGCAGAAUAAACCUACACUGGAGAAUAAAUCGACACAGCUGGAUAAAGCGCUUUGAACGGUAGAAGAUAAAUCGACACUGCUGAAUGAAUUGAAACCGCAGAAUAAACCUACACUGGGGAAUAAAUCGACACAGCUGGAUAAAGCGCUUUGAACGGUAGAAGAUAAAUCGACACUGCUGAAUGAAUUGAAACCGCAGAAUAAACCUACACUGGAGAAUAAAUCGACACAGCUGGAUAAAGCGCUUUGAACGGUAGAAGAUAAAUCGACACUGCUGAAUGAAUUGAAACCGCAGAAUAAACCUACACUGGGGAAUAAAUCGACACAGCUGGAUAAAGCGCUUUGAACGGUAGAAGAUAAAUCGGCACUGCUGAAUGAAUUGAAACCGCAGAAUAAACCUACACUGGGGAAUAAAUCGACACAGCUGGAUAAAGCGCUUUGAACGGUAGAAGAUAAAUCGACACUGCUGAAUGAAUUGAAACCGCAGAAUAAACCUACACUGGAGAAUAAAUCGACACAGCUGGAUAAAGGUAAAUUACUUUUUUUUUUUAAGUAGUUAUAGUGAAAUAAAAUACUAAUGCUUUUAAGUCUUUCGCGCCAUUGUCUUCCAAGAAAAGAAAGGAACUGCGCAUAUGUUGUAAGCGAACCUUACUUAUAUAGAUAUAAAUAUACAAACGAUUCGAUAUCUCAACUGCUCUGACUUGCAUAAAUAUUCAUUGGCGGAAGAUACCAUUCAACUAAGUAAUCUCAUCAUUGAGGCCGCGGACAACCCUUGCAUUAUAAAAGCGUCGGUAAUUAUUUUGAAAAACAAUCAUUUUCCCAGUUAUAAUUAUGCUUAUAACAUAACUGGAAAGAAAAUAGUAAUGAUUAAUAAUGAAUUCCGAGGACCACAACAAAAUCAUUACAUAGUUGGAGAUAAUGCACUUCUAGUUAAUAAUACAUAUCAAGGCCACUUGCAAGUUCAUGAAGUAGCGGGAAUGAAGUCACUGCAUUCAACAAUGUACAUGAUAGUAUAUGUAGAGUCAAUCAAUAUUCAGGAACUAGUAUACUGGUGUUCGAUAACGAAUCUAGAGGAGAUCUGUAUGAUGUCUUACUUCGGGAAAAAUCCGUGAACUCAUUUUAAUAUCGUGAUAUUUUUUUAGCGCUUCGAACGGUAGAAGAUAAAUCGACACUGCUGAAUGAAUUGAAACCGCAGAAUAAACCUACACUGGGGAAUAAAUCGACACAGCUGGAUAAAGCGCUUUGAACGGUAGAAGAUAAAUCGACACUGCUGAAUGAAUUGAAACCGCAGAAUAAACCUACACUGGGGAAUAAAUCGACACAGCUGGAUAAAGCGCUUUGAACGGUAGAAGAUAAAUCGACACUGCUGAAUGAAUUGAAACCGCAGAAUAAACCUACACUGGGGAAUAAAUCGACACAGCUGGAUAAAGCGCUUUGAACGGUAGAAGAUAAAUCGACACUGCUGAAUGAAUUGAAACCGCAGAAUAAACCUACACUGGGGAAUAAAUCGACACAGCUGGAUAAAGCGCUUUGAACGGUAGAAGAUAAAUCGACACUGCUGAAUGAAUUGAAACCGCAGAAUAAACCUACACUGGGGAAUAAAUCGACACAGCUGGAUAAAGCGCUUUGAACGGUAGAAGAUAAAUCGACACUGCUGAAUGAAUUGAAACCGCAGAAUAAACCUACACUGGAGAAUAAAUCGACACAGCUGGAUAAAGCGCUUUGAACGGUAGAAGAUAAAUCGACACUGCUGAAUGAAUUGAAACCGCAGAAUAAACCUACACUGGGGAAUAAAUCGACACAGCUGGAUAAAGCGCUUUGAACGGUAGAAGAUAAAUCGACACUGCUGAAUGAAUUGAAACCGCAGAAUAAACCUACACUGGGGAAUAAAUCGACACAGCUGGAUAAAGCGCUUUGAACGGUAGAAGAUAAAUCGACACUGCUGAAUGAAUUGAAACCGCAGAAUAAACCUACACUGGGGAAUAAAUCGACACAGCUGGAUAAAGCGCUUUGAACGGUAGAAGAUAAAUCGACACUGCUGAAUGAAUUGAAACCGCAGAAUAAACCUACACUGGAGAAUAAAUCGACACAGCUGGAUAAAGGUAAAUUACUUUUUUUUAAAAAGUAGUUAUAGUGAAAUAAAAUACUAAUGCUUUUAAGUCUUUCGCGCCAUUGUCUUCCAAGAAAAGAAAGGAACUGCGCAUAUGUUGUAAGCGAACCUUACUUAUAUAGAUAUAAAUAUACAAACGAUUCGAUAUCUCAACUGCUCUGACUUGCAUAAAUAUACAUUGGCGGAAGAUACCAUUCAACUAAGUAAUCUCAUCAUUGAGGCCGCGGACAACCCUUGCAUCAUAAAAGCGUCGGUAAUUAUUUUGA